AUGUCAGCCGCGUUUGAUGGUGCAUGGCCAUACGGCUUCUUGCAGAAUCUCAAGCAGCAACCUCCCGACUGGCGAUCAAUUGUUUUAGUGAAUCUCUUCGUUGGAUUGGCCGUUCUUCUUAGCAUUUCCGUUAUUUCUGAGACGGUGUCUCCUUUGCGGCGAUACCAGGGGCCAUUCUUCGCAAAAUGGACAAAUAUUUGGCGACUAUAUCUAGUGCGCACAGGCAGCUAUCAUGUUGAAGUCAAAAAGCUCCAUGAUAAGUACGGCCCUGUCGUUCGAAUCGGGCCUAACCUCUUAGAUCUCGACCUGCCCGAACUUAUCAAGACAUUGUAUAAUACCGACGGUAAAUGGCGCAAGACCGAGUUCUAUCACAACAACAGCGCCAUUAUUAAUGGGAAGACAACGUAUCACCUCUUCAGCGAGACUGACCAAGUCGAACAUGCGCGCAUCAAGCGUCCUAUAGUAAAGUACUAUUCUCAAAGUAGUGUUGGGGCCUUCGAGCCUCUGAUGGACAAGGUCAUCGGCGAUUUUUGCAAACACCUCGAAACACGAUUCAUGGACGGAGAACAAAAGCAUUUCGAUUUGGGACAAUGGAUCGCCUUCUACUCCUGGGAUAUGAAUGGCGCCGCCUCCUUCAGCCAACGAUUUGGUUACAUGGAUAAUGGAUCUGACUUUGACAAAUCCAUUGAUACUGCUGAUAAAGCGCUAGAUUAUUUUGCAGCCGUUGGUCAGAUGCCAUUCCUUGACUUUCUGCUGGAAAAAAAUCCGAUUUUGCGCAUCGGCCCUCCAGUUAUGGGUAAUGUCGCAAGCAAGGCACACGCUUAUCUCACAAGCCGAUUGCAAGGCAAAGAUUACAAUUUUGACCCUAAGGUUCCUGACUUCCUGCAACACUUCAUCGACGCAAAGGCAGCACACCCGAACGUGGUCGAUGAAGGUGUUAUUAUGGGGUAUUUGCUCGUCAAUCUUAUCGCCGGAGCGGAUACAACGGCUAUAACAAUUCGCGCUGUGUUCUAUUAUGUGCUCAAGAAUCCAGAUGCGUACCGCAAACUGGAGGACGAGGUCCUUGCUGCCCAACUUGGAGAGGUGGCAUCGUUUGGCGCUGCUCGAGCUCUUCCAUAUCUGGAGGCCGUGGUGCGUGAAGCGAUGAGGAUGCACCCAGCUGUUUGUAUGCUCCUAGAACGCUACGUUCCCGAGUCAGGUCUUUCGCUUCCGGAUGGUAGCUACGUGCCCCCGGGAACAGCGGUAGGCAUUAAUCCAUACGUUGUCGGUAGAAACCAGUUGAUAUGGGGCGACGAUGCUGAUGUAUACCGCCCAGAACGGUGGCUUCGAGGGCAUACCCCAGGUACGAAAACCGAAACCGAAGAGAGUUACCGCGAGCGUCUCAGACUUUUCAAUGCUAGUGAUCUUACCUUUGGUGGGGGAUCGCGUGUUUGUAUUGGACGCUCAUUCGCAUUAAUGGAGGUCUACAAGAUCGUUGCUACUUUAGUAGCCCGAUACAGGAUUGAGUUAACUGACCCCCGUCGGGAGUGGGACGUUACCGCCAGUUGGUUUGCUAGGCAGAAGGGUCUUAUGUGCCACAUGCAUCCCCGCUAA